CGUCUCACUUGUACGCGUGUCGCUAAUAUUGGUGCUAUCAAACUAGCGUGACGCGUUAGUGGGCCGGUAUCCUCCUAGAUUCUCACCCUGUGUGUGCAACACGGAAGUUCGUCAAGUUGUUCGCUUGGAUCAAGAAGAAAUUCGUUGAACAGAAACCACAUCUGCCGUGAUGCAGUACGUUUUCGAAGUCGCUGUGUUGAUGAGUUCAGUCGUGGCCAUCUACUCUUGCAGCAACUGCUUCGACGUUCAUCCGUGCGAAUACUGUCCAUCAUUGCCCACGAACUCUACUAAAUUGGCGAGACCAAAUAGAUCAGUCGAGUUGAAAUGUUGUUAUAAUUAUACAAACCGGAAGUUGUAUGACUGCGAAGCAACAUGCAGAUCGACUUCACUCGAUUGUUUGAAUUGUUCUUCAAGGGGCAAGCAUGUUGUUGUGAGAAGUUCAGAGUCAAGGAGAUUUGAGAUGCCUUUGAGAAAGAUCAGGCAAUUGUCAAACUUCAAUCAAUUUUUUAUGAGCAGCUGCACGACGUUUACUCUUUGCUGUGUGCCACUUGGCAACAGCUCAUAUGCUUACAGCAAUUGGAAGUCUGAGAAAAAAUUGAAUGUUGAUUGGUCGAAUAGGUUAAAACGUCAGGUUUCACAGAAAUCAAGACAUAAAGUUGCAUCUCAAGUUCAAGAAAAGAAUCAGACAUCUGAUGCAGCAGCAGCUGACAAUGGCAAUUCAUUACAAUUACCUUUGCUGUAUACAGUCAUCGCUGUUCUUCUCUGUGUACUCAUUAUUGUGGCAUUGUUGUGUUGUCGCCCACGCACAACUUGUUCCUCAUAUGAACUUUUGCCCCAGACAGAUGACAAUGCACAAGCCAAGUGUGCUUGUUUUGGCAGUUGGGUUGAUGGAGGUCUAAGGAGGUCCUCUGCUCGAGCUGCUAUAGAAAGCAGUGAUUCGUUUGUACUACGUAGUCCACCUAAUAGCAAUUUGUACGAACACAUGUGCUGCUCUUUGUAUUGCAAACGUGUGGGACAGAAUUUAUCUUUGUACUCAUUGAUCUUUAGACAGUCUGCAUUCACACAAGAGCAUAUCGCAGGUUUUGGUGUCAGCAAUGAACUGCAGUUUUUGGCUAGCCAACGAGAUUUUGUUUUCGAUUGUAAGGCAAGUCAAACUAUCAUUGUGAAGAUGAAGGGCACUUGUGGAAACCGGAAUGAAAAAAUACGGCGCAGAGCUAAGAUCAAUGCACAUGAGCUAACUGCGUCAGGAUACAGUCAACGUCAGUUUGUUAUUCCUAUCAACAAACUUUCCUCGACAAACUUGGAUUGCUCCGUAAAAUUCUUUGAAGAUGGUUAUAAGGAUAGGGCAGUCACGUUGCUUGCUUCUCUUCCACUAUCGAGAUCCAAUGAAGAUGACAGCAGAAAGGUCUUCAUAACCGACUGUAACAACGCUAUGAUUAGUUUGGGAUCGAUGACAAUCACAAAUUCACACGAAUAUCAUACAGUGGAAACGGUUGGAGCAUCAUCACAAGAUACAUCUGAUCCAUGCAGCUCUACGUCUCAUGACACUCUUUGACGGUAACCAUGUACCGGACAAGGUUUGGGACUGCCACCCGGCCCUUUAGUAUAUAGUGCAAGUAUUGAUAGUCACGAAUACGUGUAUGUAUUCCACUAACUGUAAACGUGCAUUAUUGUGUAUUCUAUUUAGUGGUAUGUACCUAUGUAUAUAUGUAUGUAGUAUGUUGGUGGUACAGAGUGAAUAUCACGAUGAAGAGACCCAUUA